CUCCCCCAUCUAGUUUUUUACACCAAACACACCCACACACACAUACAUAAUCACAAAUAUCAACCCAACAACAAAAAUGAUGCUUGAAAAAAUGAAGCCCUACUUUGCUGUCAUAUUCUUGCAAUUUGGCAAUGCAGGUUUGGUUAUAAUUGCCAAGGCUGCUCUUAACCAUGGCAUGAAUCACUACACAUUUGCCGUCUAUCGAAACCUCAUUGCCACCCUUGUUAUCACUCCUUUCGCCCUCUUCUUCGAAAGCAAAGGGAGGCCAAAGCUGACCAUUUCAAUCUUCUUCAAGAUAAUGUUGCUGGGGUUUUUAGAGCCUGUUGUAGACCAGAACUUAUACUAUGCAGGAAUGAAGUAUACAACUGCAACUUUUGCAGUAGCAAUGUGCAACAUAAUCCCCGCCAUGACCUUUGUUUUGGCUUGGAUUUGUAGGUUGGAGAAGGUGAAUAUCAAGAAAAUACAUAGCAUGGGAAAGAUAGUUGGGACACUAGUCACAGUGGGAGGAGCAAUGAUAAUGACAGUAGUUGCAGGACCUACAAUUGGUUUGCCAUGGACCAAGGGUUCAACCACCGAUCAUCAGCAACAAUCUACGACCCCCCCUGUAAGUCCUGCAGACAAUAUCAAGGGCUCUAUGAUGAUCAUAGCCGGUUGUGUUUCCUGGAGCUUUUUUUACAUUGUCCAGGCAAUUACGUUGAGGUCAUACCCUGCGGAACUCUCUCUUACAGCUCUAAUUUGUGCAGCCGGGACAAUGCAAGGCAGUAUAGUGACCAUAAUCGCUGAACGGGGAAAUAAUGAAGCCUGGCGGUUACACUUGGAUGCUGGACUUGUCACUAUGGUCUAUGGUGGAGUAAUCUGUUCAGGAUUGGGUUACUAUCUUUCAGGAAUUAUAAUGAAGGAAAAAGGGCCAGUUUUCGUCACAGCUUUUAACCCUCUGAGCAUGGUUAUUGUUGCAGUUCUAGGAUCUAUUGUUUUAUCUGAACAGAUGAACUUAGGGAGGGUUCUUGGAGCAGCUGUCAUCGUGAUUGGGCUAUACUUGGUGAUAUGGGGGAAAAGCAAGGAUGAAAGUCAGUCUAAUUCCAAAUGUGACCCUGAUCAACUUCCACCAGUUAAUCAACAACAAAUACCCAUGACAAUCAGUAGCACAAAAUUAGCAAAGGAGGAUCAAGACAGCCUUUCGAUAGCAAUACCACCAACCAAUGAAACAGUUGUGAAAAUCAACGGGAAAUAGAGUGACAAAAAGUACGUUUAUGAGGGAAAAAAGAACACAAACACUUGUACUAUUGAACAUCACUUCCUUCCUGGAGUUUUUCUAUUGAAUAUGUUGGAAACCACUUUUCA